CGGUCGUUGCUUCUCCCCGGAUCUUGUCUCGGGUUUUUUUGUCCACCGAUGGUGUUUCGGCUGGUGUUCUUCUAAUAAGCGGAACUUUUUUCUUUUUUGCGGUGACCUCCCUCUUGUGUGCCCCUCUCGAAUUAUUGGUGCUCUUUGCUUGGAAAAAAAAAAAAAUUAUUGAAUUAUCGGUGCAAAAAGCUGUGUAAAUAAUCGUCAAUAUUGUUUUGUGUGAUUCGAUGUGAGAACGAGCGCAAACAGGGUGAAGUUACUACGCUGCGGAAAUUACCUAUUAUUUAUCUUGGCUUCUUUUGGUCGUCGGUUCGGGUCGGCGGGGUGUGUUUGCGAAAAUCUAUAGAAUUUUAUUGGCAGUUUGUUUGCCGUUCGCGAACGAAGCAUUACUGCGUGUCUCGUUCUCAUUCCGCGAGUGAAGGAAUCGAAGGAAUAGAAGCCGCGAGGGCAGAAGCACCUACUUCGAGUGGAAAAUGUCAAUAAAGCAAUAAUAACCUGCUUGUUGUCAUUUACCUACCACUCAGAAGAACAAACAGGUUCCCCGUGGCAGCCGCAGGAGGGCAAAGUGAUAAUCAGAAGAGCAAGGGCUUAUCUCAUCUAAAAUCUGGAAUUUGUGGAAAGAGUAGAAAAGUGUCGAAAGUUACCCUACAGCCGUGGUAGAGCAGUUCCUACACCCGAGCGACACGCAGGUCAUCGGUGCUGCAAUCGCCGUCAUCAUCGUCGACAGUUUUUAAUAUGCACAUAUAAUUACACCUUUCAAUCGGAUUCAGCGGAAAGUCACACACAGACAGACAUCAGCAGCUAGCCAGACUCACCAGGGAACAGAGCUUAGAAAAUUGGCCCAUUGUAAUACACGAACAGACCGAAACGCGUUUUUUACGUAAUAGAAUACGACGACGACGACAAGCUGGCUUAGAGACACUUUCGACGAAAGACCUAGUUCUCUGCUGCACGGCUGGACGUCCGUGAAGAUUUUGGUUUACGGCUUAUUAUUUGAGACAGUGUUUCUCAACACAGUUCGACAACAAGCUGACGAGUGGUCAACAAAGAAAGGACGGCAAAAACAACACGCGAAGCCAUGUCGAUCGAGGACCGCUUCAAUGCUGCGGUGAACGUUAUUCGCGGGCUGCCGAAAAAUGGUCCGUAUCAGCCGAGCAAUGAUAUGCUGUUGAAUUUCUACUCGCUUUUCAAACAAGCGACCAAAGGAAAGUGCUGCGAGCGGAGACCGGCAUUCUGGGAUGUUGUUAGCAGAGCCAAAUGGGACGCAUGGAACCGGUUGGGCGAAAUGCCCAAAGAGGUGGCCAUGGAAAAUUACGUCGGUGAGCUGAAGAAGAUCGUUGAAACCAUGUCCUACACGGAAAACGUGGCCAACUUCAUGGAGUACGAUCAGGAAAGCGGCGUCAGCAUCAGCGAUCUGGAGAUGGUAGCACCGGAAGCCAUCCAGAAGGUGCGGUCCCGCCCGAACUCACCGCUGGCAUCGCGCGACACCAGCCCGGCCCGUGUCUCACCAAUCACUCCGUUGCCUGUCACUGCCGCCGUGCAACCACUGACCAACGGUUACCACCACAGCAGCAGCAACGGCACCGUGGUAAAACCGGCCCCACUCACCAAUGGUUACUAUCACUACCAGAACGGAACGGGAAGCGCUCAGUCCGAUCUUAGCGAUGACGAGUACAUCGACACGGUAGACGACUCGGAGUCCGAAUCCACGUUCCGUCCGAUCGAAUCCGCAUCCGUUCAUAUGUCCCGCAGUCGAAUGUCGCAGUCGUCCGCGGUCGGCGGGGACCGGGAGCUGUACCACAGUAUGAAUACAUCGUCCGAUGGUGUCAACGCGGAGGUCACCGCUCAGCUCACCAGAGCCAUCGAACGGCUCAACGCGAGCGUCCAGCAGGUCAACAACCGAAUCAACGUGGUGGAACAAUCCGUGGCCGGUCUGCGCAACGCUCACCAACAGCAGCAGGUGUCGCAACGAUUGACGGCCAAAAACUUCCCACCCUGGUGGCCGUUCCAGGACAUUUCCCCACGGCUGUUGGCCUUCAUUAUCCUGUGGCCCCUGGUCGUCAGCCGGAUGAGCACCUGGCUGCAACGAAGGAAAUGAACGGCGGCGACCCGCGGCAGCUGCUUUUACUUGUUGUAGUGUUUAUGGGAUUUUUCUUGGCACAUUUGAAACGUGGUGUACAUAUUAGUGUUUUAAUUUGAUGUUACUUUUUCUGAGGGACAUGCAAUGGAAAAGUUCAACUAGAAGCAAGAGAAAGGCGGACCAGGAUACACAUUCCGAGGGGCAACCGUGGCGUUUGUUUGGGAGCGAGAUAGACAGAGGUGCAAUUGUAGAUUAUCUAAAAAAAAAAGAGCAAGAGAAAGAAGAACCCAAAUCAGUCUAGUGAUAAUCAGCGGAUGCAGUCAGCUUUUAGAAGCAAAGAGGAGUAAAGUGCAAUUUAUUUUCCCUGUCGGUGUAUUUCGUUUUUGUUAUGCAUUCUACUAAGUAAGUGAACUUUCGGUUUUGUUUUAUGUUCUAUUCUCACCUUCAAAGUGUUUUGACUAUAUUAUUAUUAUUAUUACAUUUCCUACACUCUUAGUUACCAGAAGAUAUGAUCAGCCUCCCUUAUAUAAAUAUAUAUGUGUAUGUUGUCUUGGUGUUGAUUUAUGAUUUAAAAACUCGUACCUACCUUACCUACUCUUUGAGGUGUUUGAAAAUAGAAAUUCCAAAUCUAUCGGUAGACAAUUAUAUACAAAACUGCAUUGCUAAGGUUCAAUUGUACAA